AUGAGCGGUGUCAGGAACCCGUCUGGAGUGGUCAUGAGCCGCGUUCGCGCGGUGGCAGACCCAAACGACCUGACAGCCAUCUUCAUAGACCUCAACGGCCUCGACACGUCUUGCGAGGAGAAGCUCUGGGCCCUCACCCCUGACCAGCGCGCCGCCGUCAUCGCCCCCGGCAUCUACGUGCAGAACGUGCGGAACCCCGUCACGGCCGUCCUGAGCCGCAUCCAGAACGUCCUCGACGGAGCGCACGCCAUCGGUGGCAAGGGCGGCCGCGGCGGCGCCGGAGCAGCGGCCGCGGCGGCGCCGUGGCGGCCUGUGGCGAGCCCCUCGUCCAGCAGCAGCGGCUCCUCGGAGCGGAGGAGGCGGAGGCGGCGACGGCGCUGA